UUCAGGCGCUGAAAUCAGAUUAUGCGUUCCAAUGUAAUGUUGUAACAUAUUCGUAACCUUAUUUCACCAAGUUCUAAUUUCGAUUAUCACUUUGUCGACAUCUUAUACUUGCGUUAUUUCUGAUUGUUUUCGAUUGCUUACUCUAUUAGAUUUGUUCUUUCCUCUUCCAGAAAACCUCACACUACCCAAGCACACUUGGUACCUUUAGGCUAAACGCAAACUUACUAAAGGCUGAAGUUACAAUGUGUUUAGAACUGUUGGUUUUUCAGUAAUGUCGACCUAUGUAGAUAUAUCUACUGUGUUCAAUUUCGAUCACAGAGGUCAAUAUGUGGAAAUUUCCCCCGAUAGGACAAAAGCUCGCCGUCAAAUCGGCUUCUGUGACGGUGUGGUUAUUUCUCAGAGUUUCAUCCGACCAGGUGAACUAGUAGCUGUUGAAAUUACGGAAACACAGCGCGGUUGGACUGGGGAUUUAAGAGUUGGAUUUACUUUAUUACCAGACAAUAUGCUCUUGCCUCUUCCCAGGUUUGCCUUACCAGCUUUAGUUUCUCCAGGUAGAAGUUGGAUUGUACCGGUUGGAACUGCUGUAGCUCUUCUCUUGUCGCAUCAUCAUCAGACCUACUGGAAGCGACAACAAUUGAAAUCCAGUCGUCAUUUGAGUAAAACCAAUAACAACCCACCUACACUGUUUGAUUCAGUUAAUAUAUUCUGUGAAAGACAAGUAGAUGUACCCAACAUGAACCCAAUUAGUAGUGUUAUCAGUAGUCCAAAUGUAUUGGUAACUAAUUCUCAUAUGGAUAAACAAUCUGUACAUUUACAAGUUACUCCUUCCUUCUUCUGUGUUUGUUGUCUUCAUACAAAGCGUGGUCGAGUACCACUGAGUCAACUAAUACCAUAUGAACUAGAACUUGCCCGACCUCCUGAUGUUGAAAAGGGUAGUGUUAUAGCCAUUUACUAUGAACUGGAACCAAUACCUACAGAUGAUUCAUAUGGACAGUGUACAAGUCUUCCAGUAGAUAGAAAUAUGAACAUACUUAAUGAUAUUAGCAAUAUUCCUUCUAUAAUACCAGAUGAAAAUGUACAGAACCUUCUAAGGUACACUUUAAACCCUACUGGAAGUGAAGAGGAUUCAGAUACAGAGAAGCUGCUUUUUCUUUUUCGGUUUCAUAUCGUAAUUAACGGCAUCGAUAUGAUUGCGAUAGCAGAAACAGUGGCUAUUUCACCGUCUGAUUUUGAAAAGAAUCUAAUCAACAUGGACUCCUCAUUUUCACCUGUUAAUAAUGAAGACGAAAGACCCAGUGAAAUCUCUGCGUCGUUUUCAACUUCAGAUCGUCAUUCUUUUGAUACUAUUCCUUCUUCCACACCACGUAUGCGGGCUGUUUUUGACGUUUACGGUCAAACUAGAGCAAUUCAACUGCGAUCAUUACAGCAAAAUUCGAUUGCAUCAUUAAGUCGUUUAUGCUCUUGUGCUAUUCUACAUCAUAUCUUCUAUGUAUUUCAUUCCAAUGGUUUUCUAAACACUGAAACAUCUGAUUUCGAUUCAGAUAAUUCAUCUAAUAUCUAUUCCAAAUCUAGUCGAAUACGUGAUCCAGCACAAUUGAUCGUGCCAAAUAUGAUGAAAAAUAAUCGAUUUCGAAAAUUAUACAUCAUGUUAGAUAAACUUCCAUUGCCUAGAGUUGAACGACGUCGUUUACAACGUGAUGCUUUUGCUGUAUUAGCUCGAGGAAUGGCUGAUUAACAUCGAUAUCAUGCAUAUUAUUCUCAAGAAUUAUUAUCUAUUUUCUAUUGUGUAUAUUACAAAAAAAAUGAAUAAUUUACAAAAAUAAAAGAAGAAAACAUACAACUCACCAAGUGUCUUUCAUCAUCAUCAUCAUCAUGAUUAUUAUUAAUUAAUUAAUUAAUUGUCUUCAAUAUUAAUUAAAUACUUUAAAAUGUAUGUGUUAUGACAGAGAGAGAGAGUUGGAGUGGGAAGCAAAGUUGUAUCAACAAAAGGGUGAAAACCAAUCAAUAGAUUUCCUACUUACCAUUCAAUAAUCUACAUUUCAUUUUAUUUCAUUUAUUUAUUUGAUCAAAUCAGAUUUGAAAGUACAUAACUUUUUCCGCUUAAUGUCUUGUUUUACUCGUACACAUUUUCAUUUAUUUCUUUAUUGUACACAGAAUAUAACUCUGAUUGAAUCAUGAAAAAAAAAACUGUCGAAAAAAAAUCCC